CGGCUCAAACGCCUAAGCACGGUCAGAAGCGAAGCAAAGUUGCGGUUCCUUCCGAUAUAGCACAGAGCAGCCCCUCGAAUUCUCCGGCGACAUUUUCGUACGAUUUCCGGCGAUAGUCCUAUUAAUUCGUCGGAGAUCUUGAGAAUUAAUUUGUUGUGUGUUUUUAGUGGUUAGUGGAGAGAUCUCGUUCCUGUGAUGGCUCCGGUUUCUGCCCUCGCGAAAUAUAAGCUGGUGUUCUUGGGAGAUCAAUCUGUUGGGAAGACCAGCAUCAGUACUCGCUUCAUGUACGAUAAAUUCGACAAUACUUAUCAGGCUACAAUUGGUAUCGAUUUUCUAUCAAAGACAAUGUACCUUGAAGAUCGAACAGUUCGGCUGCAGCUAUGGGAUACAGCUGGACAGGAAAGAUUCAGGAGCCUCAUUCCAAGCUACAUCAGAGAUUCCUCCGUUGCAGUCAUUGUAUUUGAUGUUGCAAGUCGACAGUCUUUUCUAAAUACUGCAAAGUGGAUUGAAGAGGUUCGCACUGAGCGGGGUAGUGAUGUUAUUAUUGUUCUUGUUGGCAACAAAACAGAUCUUGUUGACAAAAGGCAAGUUUCGAUUGAGGAAGGAGAAAAUAAAGCUCGUGACCUAAACGUAAUGUUUAUCGAGACCAGUGCCAAAGCCGGCUUCAACAUUAAGGCACUUUUCCGCAAGAUAGCAGCUGCAUUGCCAGGAAUGGAGACACUUUCUUCAACGAAGCAAGAAGACAUGGUUGAUGUUAAUCUGAAAUCUACCACUGGUCAUGCAUCACAGUCACAGCCACAGUCCGGGGUUUGUUCUUGUUAAUGCCAAGACAGGGUAGUAACUCGCAAUUUUCUGUUGUUUUACCUGGUUUUGAGUUUCUGGGCUGCUUGUCUGUAAAGUUUUUGUUACUUUUUCUUUUGAAGUAUUAGAGUUUGUUGGUCGGCCUGCAUGAUGAGCUGUCUUUUGCAAGAAUUGUUUUGAAGCAGCUGACAAUUGAUCUAGUAAUUGAGGAGAAACUUAGUGGGUGAAUUGGUUUUAAUAUGUGUGAUUUUUUGUAAGAUACUAAGAUCUAUUAUGAACCCUUUAAUAGAUUAAGAUUCCAGAGCA